CGCAGCUUGUUAAUCAUCCAGAGGAGAGUAAUGGUAGAAGUUCAGGAAUGACUUCUUUAUUGCCGAUUGCAGUGAAGAGGGAGUCGAAGGUGCCGAAUAUACCGUCGAUGAUCAGAUGUCAGAACUGCGAUACGCACUUCCCCACAAAGUACCAGUUCCAACGGCACCAAUGCGAGUUCAACGCGGAGAAGGUGGUGUUGAAGCCGAACGUAGAUGUGAAAGAUGUGCAGAAGGGCGUGAGGAUGAAGUUCGAUUGUCCGACCUGCGGCAAGCAGUUCGUAAGCAAGAACAAUCUGGAGCGACACCUGACGAGUCACGAUGAGGAUAACGUCAACAUCUGCGAGUACUGCAACAAGCACUUCGUUAGCGAGAACCGCCUUCGAAUCCACAAAGAGAAUCACUGCAAGAAAGCCGGAGAUAUAUCCAAGUUUUAUCGAAGCGAUGUAACUGUUUGGAAGUGCGUCAAAUGUUACCAGGUGUUUUCUUCGGACGCGUACGCCAACAGCCACGCCGACAAUUGUAAUGAUAUACUCGACCCGGAAGACUACAGAGUCAAGGGUUUGGAUGAUGAUUCCGAGGCGGUAACUCUUAAGGAGGAAAUCAAGAGCCUUCUUACGGAUGCGCCCGAACUAGUUGAAGGUGACCCGUCCAAUUUGCACCUGAUCACCAGCAAGUACGUUGAGAAGGUGAUCACGGAACUGUUGCUACAGUGCGAGUAUUGUAACAAGACGUACUCUGAUAAGAAGUCUCUUCUGAUGCACCAGAAGACGCACACCACCGAAACCAAUUACAAUUGUGUCGUUUGCUGCGAGGUGUUCAAUGCUUACACCCAGGCCGGUAAGCACUGGCUCACGAAAUGUUCCAACGAAGCCAAUCUUUUCUAUUUACCGAAACUGACCUAUUGCCAUUAUUGUGACAGGACCUUCAAGUCCCACGAAGUGCUCUACUCGCAUAAGAUCAAGAAGAAACAUUACACGCCCAAGAGGUACAUGAGCGAAUCAUCGCCACAACCACCGCCUCCAGACAAGGAGGAAAACAAAGAGACCAUAAUCAAAUUGAUCGAGGACGUGCUCUGCUCGAUAAAGCUGAACGCUCACGAUCACUCGCAAGACAGGAAACACACCUCGGAGGUCAAUAGUCAUGAGGUCACAAUUAAGACGGAAGCCGUGAGCGAAACGAGCAGCCUGAUCAUCUCCGAAGAUGCACCGGAAACGGAAGGUCUGACCACUAACGGCAAGAAGAAACGAGGCCGGAAGCGCAAGCACAACUCGCAAACAUCGAAAGGCAAAAGGUUGGCAGCCAACGUCGAGCCAGGCUACAAGUACCAGUGCGAAAGGUGCAUCCAGGUCUUCGAUAGCGUCCUUGACCUGGAAACACACCGAGACAAAGAGCAUCCGGCGAACUAUAAAUGCGAGGAAUGCGAUCAGGUCGUUCACAGUUCUAAAGCAUUGCUGAUCCAUAGCAGAGCUCACCAGAGUUUGAAGCCGUACGUGUGCGAGAUUUGUAAGAGGUGCUACUCGCAAACAUCGCAUCUGUGGCAGCAUAUGCGAUUUCAUCAAGGUAUAAAGCCUUUCGCGUGUCCUCACGAAGGAUGCGAGGCCAGAUACACGAUCCGUCCAGAUCUAAAGGAUCACAUCCGAAAGGUGCACACUAGAGAGCGCCCCUUCAAGUGCUCCGUAUGCGACAAAUGCUUUUUGACUGGCUCCGUCUACUACCAGCACCGACUAAUCCACACCAACGAUCGUAGAUACGCGUGCGACGUACGUACCUAAUUCUUGUUUUCAAACCCAACCUUUUAAUCCUAUAAUCAUACGUCACAACCAAUCCCACCUUUCCUGUAGAUCUGCAACAAACGAUUCUUCAGGGCGGACGCCUUGAAUAACCACCGAAGGAUACACACCGACGAGAGGCCGUACCCGUGUGACGUCUGUGGAAGACACUUCAG